AUGAUGUCGCAUGACUUUUAAGUUCAAAAUAACGCUCUCGCUUUGGGAGGAGCAUUCGUUGGCAGUCAUUUUGCUUUGAAUCCAGCCCAAUUAGCCUUUCCUCACCAAAUCAAACCCACAAUGAGCAUGAAUUGUAACCAGUAAAUGAUUGAUUCAUCCUUUUCCAAACAACACUGCUAAAGCUCUAUUCAAUAACAGUAAUAAAUGCAUCAGUAGCAGUAAUAGUAGCUAUAAUAGCAGCAUCUCAUCUAAUAAUUUUAGUAGCAUUAACAUAUGUAAUAGCAAUAAUAGUAAUAAUAAUAGAAACAAAAAUAGGUAUAACUCUCUCUUCAAUAACCUUCAGCUUCUCAAACUUAAUAAUUAUCUUCCCAACAAUCCUAAACUCUCACAGCUCCCGCUUCAUCUCCUUACGCUAAAUCAAAUAUCAACAAUUGCUGUAAUAAUGAGUUUUGUAAUCUAGGUUUUUAAACCUAAAUGCGUCCUUAAGACAAGAACCGUUUUAUUGAAUAAGCUCGCAACUAAGGUGUUGGUAUCGUGUGCGUUAACUGUGCUCAGCACGAUUUAAAAUAAAUCAUCGAAAGAGUAAAAUAAGAUGGAGAUAUAUUUAUUUUGUUUAAUUCUAGUAAAAUGAAUUCAUUAUCUAAUGACAAUUCUUAUACAACAAUUCCCAACGAUCAAAACGAUAACUUGACCAUGCUUAAUUCAGCAAACAACAGUUACAAUAUACAAUAGGCUCAAAUCCCUAGUUUGCCAAACAUUCCUCAAACAGGACAAACAGGAAUGAGCUCAGUUCCAAGCUUAAAUUCUAUAUACCCUGCAGUGACUUAGAAUAUUCUUUAAUUCUAAAAAGGACCUACUUUCAACUUCCCUUAACCAAAUGCUCCUAUUUUCGCUUCAAAUGAGUCCUUAAUAAAAGAGUAUAACAAUCAACAAGGUAGCGCCCUCCUUCCUCAGGUCGGUUUGCCUUUCUAGUAAACUAUUCAGAAUCAACACGCCUUAGGCUUCCCUAUGCUCCUAAAUCCUUAAGAUUCUGGCAUGAAAUUACUUCCUGCUGGAUAAGGCUAGUAUAUUCCCUAGUUUAAUUUUGCAGCUGGAUACCCUUUACACAAUUAAAAUUUAUUGGCAGAAGGAAAAUCAACUUUGGUAGAAGAAAAGUAUGAAUCAUAAAGAGCACCUCUCCCUAAAAUAAAAAAUGCACUCUUCAAAAAGACUAACUCCUCUAGUAGUAAGAAUCAGUCAUCUAAGGACUUCAAGGUAAAAGUUGAAGGAGGAUAAGAGAAUUCAUCUUCUAAAUUAAGCAGCAAUGAAAUGAGUGAAGAAAAUGAAAGUGCUGACUCAUUCUCUGAAAAUUUAGCUAACAACAAUAAUAAUAACUAGCUAAGUGGCUAAUAAGGAUCUGAAAUACGCAAUAGCAAAACUUUAAGCCAAAGAGGAAGCAGCUCUGUCAUUCCUACAAAGACAAGCCGUAAAAGCACUGAAAACAAUGCAAACAUGACUCCAGAAGAAAUAGAAAAGCAAAAUAAAAUAAAAGAAAGAAGAAAAACCAACAAUUUCGGUCACAUCUAUACUUGGUUAAAGAAUUAGAUUAGACUAUACUAUGGUGACAGGGAAUUGUAUGAAAAAAUACAAACCUACUUCUAAAGAGUAAACAAAUAUAAUGAAGUAGUAACUGAUGAAUCUAGCAGCAAGUGGUAGUUCUUCCUUUACUAAAUUAAAGACAAUACUCACUUAAAGAAUUUCUUAAAGGAAAAAAUAAAAUCUGAGCAUUUCCGCGAAUACAUCAAAACUAGAAAGGGAAAAGACUAAAAAGUUUUCUAUGAAUUCAGAAUUGGUGUCAUUUAUGGUAUUGAUCAUCCUGAAUUAAGCAAUCAACCAAAAAACUGCUUGUUAAUGGCUAAAAAAGAUCCUGAGUAUUGCAACAUAAAUUUUGGAUGGUGA